GGGGCCGGUCCCUGCACCAGGUGACCUGUUCCGGCCGGGAUCCGGGCGGCCCUGCCAUGCAGUGGCGCGGCGCGGGGCUUUGGUGGCCGCGGCGGCGACAGCAGCAGCAGCCCCCGCCGCCCGCUUUCGGUCCCCGGGCCGCAGCCAUGGUCCCCUGGAGCGGCAGUGUCCCCCCGGGCCUCGGCGGCCGCCCUGCCAGCGCGCUGCUCCUUCUCUGCUACCUGAAUUUUGUGCCAUCUUUGGGCAGGCACACUUCCCUGACAACAUCGGUGCUGCCCAGAGCAGAGCAGAGCACGAUGUACACAGACUUUAUUUAUUUUACCUCCUUGGAAGGGAGCGUGCGCAAUGUCUCUGAAGUCUCCGUGGAGUAUUUAUGCUCUCAGCCUUGCGUUGUCAGUUUGGAGGCAGUUGUGUCAUCCGAGUUCAGAAGUAGCAUUCCUGUGUACAAAAAGAGAUGGAGGAAUGAGAAGCACCUCCACACCAGCAGGACACAGAUAGUACAUGUGAAGUUUCCAAGCAUUAUGGUGUACCGGGACGACUACUUCAUCAGACACCCCAUCUCCGUGUCCACCGUGAUUCUCCGAGCCUGGAUUACUCACAGGCACAGUGGCGGAGGCGUGAAUGUCCGGGGGGAGGAGAAUUUGCUGCAUGCUGUGGCCAAGAAUUACACCCUGCUGCAGACGGUCCCACCUUUUGAACGGCCUUUCAAAGAUCAUCAGGUGUGCCUGGAGUGGAACAUGGACUACCUUUGGAGCCUCUGGGCCAAUAGGAUCCCACAGUGUCCUCUGGAAAGUGAUGCAGUUGCCCUCCUGAGUUUCCCAUACGCCUCCAGUGGAGAAAACACAGGCAUCGUGAAGAAGCUCCCAAGGUUCCGGAACCGAGAGCUGGAGGCCACUCGGAGCCAGCGUGUGGACUACCCCAUGGUCACUGUUUCACUCUGGCUUUAUUUGCUCCGUUAUUGCAAGGCCAGUCUCUGUGGAAUUCUGUACUUUGUUGAUUCUAACGAGAUGUACGGCACACCUUCUGUGUUUCUGACGGAAGAGGGCAGUUUGCAUAUCCAAAUGCAUCUUGUUAAAGGAGAAGACCUGGCUGUGAAAACAAAAUUCACCCUCCCUCUGAAGGAGUGGUUCCGUCUGGAUAUCUCUUUCAAUGGAGGCCAGAUAGUGGUCACUGCCAGUGUUGGAUGGGACUUGAAAAGCUACCAUAAUCAGACCAUUAGCUUCCACGAAGACUUCUAUUACAACGACACAGCUGGAUACUUCAUUAUUGGAGGGAGCAGGUACGUGGCAGGCAUCGAAGGGUUUUUUGGACCAGUGAAAUACUAUCGGCUCCGCAGCCUACACCCUGCACAGGUUCUUAAUCCCUUCCCUGAGAAGGAGCUGGCUGAACAAAUCAAGUUCUAUUAUGAGCAGUGUGCUGAGGUCCAAGAAAUAAUAUCCAUGUAUGCUGCAGCCAUCCAGGCUGGGGGUGAGAGACCAGAAACGUGUGACGUCCGUAACUCCUACCUGGACCUCAAGCACAGGUAUGGGAGAGCCGAGGUGUGCAGGGCCCUGCCCUGGGAGAAGGAGCUGAGAGACAGGCACCGCAUCUUGCUCCGGACACUGCUGCAGAUGGACCUGCGGACCGUGCCAUGGAACCAAAAUGACUCCGUAUUAGAAAUCGGUGCAAGGAUAUUCGAGAGAGCUGUAAAGAGACUCUCCGGCAUUGAUGGCCUCCACCAAAUUAGCUCUGCCAUCCCCUUCCUGAUGGAUUCCAGCUGCUGUGGAUACCAUAAAGCAUCCUACUACCUCACAGUCUUCUAUGAAACUGGAUUGAAUGGCGCUCGGGAUCAGCUGCAGGGCAUGCUAUAUAGUCUGGUUGGAGGCCAGGGCAGCGAGAGGCUGUCAUCAAUGAAUCUCGGAUACAAGCACUACCAGGGUGUCGACAGUUACCCACUGGACUGGGAGCUCUCCUACGCCUACUACAGCAACAUUGCUGCGAAGACGCCCCUCGACCAGCACACACUUCGGGGAGACCAGGCAUAUGUUGAAACUAUUAGACUCAAAGAUGAUGAAAUACUCAAAGUCCAAACCAAAGAAGAUGGCGAUGUCUUUAUGUGGCUGAAGCACGAAGCCACCCGGGGCAACGCGGCAGCACAGCAACGAUUGGCUCAGAUGCUCUUCUGGGGACAGCAAGGGGUAGCCAAGAACCCCGAGGCUGCCAUCGAGUGGUACGCUAAGGGGGCCCUGGAGACGGAGGAUCCUGCGCUGAUAUAUGACUACGCCAUCGUGUUAUUCAAGGGUCAAGGAGUUAAAAAGAACAGACGGCUUGCCUUAGAGCUCAUGAAGAAAGCUGCUUCCAAGGGAUUGCAUCAGGCUGUCAAUGGCCUCGGAUGGUAUUACCACAAAUUCAGGAAAAAUUAUGCCAAAGCAGCAAAGUACUGGUUGAAAGCAGAAGAAAUGGGGAACCCAGAUGCAUCUUACAAUCUUGGGGUCCUGUAUUUGGAUGGCAUUUUCCCAGGGGUUCCCGGAAGGAAUCUGACACUAGCUGGUGACUACUUCCACAAAGCUGCCCAAGGGGGACACAUCGAAGGGACAUUGUGGUGUUCGCUUUACUACAUCACAGGCAACCUGGAGACCUUCCCCAGAGAUCCUGAGAAAGCUGUUGUAUGGGCAAAGCAUGUGGCUGAGAAAAAUGGAUACUUGGGGCAUGUCAUUCGCAAAGGCCUCAAUGCCUACCUGGAGGGUUUGUGGCACGAAGCUUUGCUGUAUUAUGUUUUAGCAGCAGAAACUGGAAUUGAAGUGUCACAGACAAAUUUAGCACACAUCUGCGAGGAGCGGCCAGACCUGGCUGGAAGAUACUUGGGCAUUAAUUGUGUUUGGCGAUACUAUAAUUUCUCUGUUUUUCAAAUCGAUGCUCCUUCAUUUGCAUAUUUGAAAAUGGGAGACCUUUACUACUAUGGCCACCAAAAUCAGUCCCAAGAUCUGGAGCUGUCUGUGCAGAUGUACGCCCAAGCAGCCCUGGAUGGAGACUCCCAGGGAUUUUUCAACCUGGCUGUACUGAUAGAGGAAGGUGCUGUCAUCCCUCCCCACAUUCUGGAGUUCUUGGAAAUUGACCCAUCACUUUAUCCCAGUAACACCUCCAUACUCCGGGAACUGUACGAAAGGUGCUGGAGUCUCAGUAACGAGGAGUCCCUUAGCCCCUGCUCCCUGGCCUGGCUUUAUCUUCAUCUGCGGCUUCUCUGGAGUACUGUCCUGCACUCUGCCUUGAUCUACUUCCUGGGAACCUUCCUGCUGUCUGUGGCGAUCGCCUGGAUGGUGCUUCACUUCCAGUGUGUCUCAGCCACUGCCUCCUCUCCAGCACCAGCCUGGGUCUUGGCAGACUCCACCUCAUCUACCCCAAGUCCAGCUGUGCCUCCAGCUCCAGAUGCCUCUGACCAUGCCCCAUCUGUGAUGGCUAACAACCCUGAGCCUUGUGGGUGAACUGAGCAAUCCAGGCCUCUCCAGAGACUGUCCUUUCAAUGGCUGGUUUGGGAAGUCUGGGGCGAGCAGUUAUACUGAUAAAUACUUUAAAAGUUUUGCGAACUGGA